UGGUGAUCUCUCCACAGUUACACAUACCCACUCACAUGUGUACGACAGUAAGAAAGGAAGGCUUAUAGAACAGGCAACGGAGAGAUGUUGUCAAGUGGAGGACAGAAAAUUCACAGCAUUAAUUGACUGUGUGACUAGGUAUUAGAGAGUUACAUCUGUAUGUACUGGUCGCAUUUACAGGGAGUUCUCUGUCAAACCCCACGCAGAUACGAACUGCUCCUACAGCAACCGACUGCUGCUCCCUCCCAGCCUGUGUAUCGGUGUGCCUCUCCCAGUACCUGUACCAUCGGAUUAAUUCUUGUUACCCAAAAUUAUUUUAAUUAUUCAGAGGAUUUACUUGGAGGCAUUUAAAGGAUAUAUUUCAUGAUUCCUGUGUUUUGUUUGGAAUUUUAUUCCUAAUUGCUGUGGAUUAAGCCGUAUUUUUACAUUUUUACUGCCAGUUUUUGUCUCGUUAUUUUACACAUCAAGACAGGAUUACAUCUACCCAAUUCAUUUCUGGAGUCUGAGGAUUUUAAUUUUUUGGGAUCUUUUCUUGUGAAACUCCAUCACCAAAAAAAAACUAUUGAAUGAUACAUUCGUUGAGUCAUGUAACGAUGGAUUAAUUGGAUUAAACAUUUCUGUGUCUCAACAGAAUCUCCACCAGGUGGCAUGGUAAAAACAAAGACACAGCUGUAGAGCUGUCAACAUGAGAAUCAGCAGUGUACUUGGAGUCAUUUCCUGCCUUGUGACUCUCUCAUUUUCGGCAGAAAGAGCAGAAAACUCUUCCUCGGGAUCUGACUUCUAUCGAUUUACCAACAAAAUCAGGAACCCACCUCAAAUCACACAAUCGCCAAGGAACCAAAGAGUCGCCGAAGACUCCAUUAUCAGUUUCUUCUGCAAGGCAUCCGGAAAUCCCCAACCUCGCUUUCAGUGGGAGCGAGAUGGCAAACGGAUUAAUCCAAAAAGGACACGUUACUUUAUAUAUGAUAUGCCACAUGGAAGUGUGCUGAGGAUAGAGCCUGUGAAAGCCAGGAGAGACCAAGCGACGUUCACAUGUAUCGCCGACAAUGGCAUCGGAGAACCAGCCCGAGCCAACUCUACGCUCAAGGUCUAUGCAAUGAACAGGGACAAGGGUAUAAACCCAGCAUGGAAAAAAAUAUACAAAGGGAUCCCGAAUGGCUAUCCCAGCAUCACAGUAAACCCAGAACUGAAGGCCGUAGAGAAAGAUCGCCAGGUGAAGAUGCAGUGUGAGGCAAUCGCACGUAACGCAGAAGAUAUGGGCCGACCACAUAUAUUCUGGAUCAAAGAUUACAUUCCUGUGGAUAUGAGUGAUCCAAGAAUAACAAUACAGCCCACAGGUACCCUGUUUAUUGAGAGAAGUCAAGAAUCAGAUGCAGGGAAAUAUGAAUGUGUGGCAGAAAAUCAAAUAGGAGUGACAUAUUCAUUUGCAGCUAACCUUUAUGUGCGAGUGAGAAGAGUUCCUCCUCAUUUUACAAUAUCACCUGAAAAUAAGGAGGUUGACCUGCAUACGAGUAUCAAUAUGACCUGCGUGGCUAUUGGUUCACCAAUGCCAGUGGUCAAGUGGAGAGAUGGACCAUUUGAAUUGAAUGCCGAAGAUGAAGUCAGCAUUGGCAAAAAUGUGUUACAACUUCUCAAUGUAACAGAAACCAAGAAUUACACUUGUGUGGCCUCAUCUGACCUGGGAAACAUUGAGGCAGUGGCUGAAGUCCGGGUCAAAGCACCUGGGACGCCGCCUCGCAAUGUUCAUGGCCGACCGAUCAGUACCACCACCAUCAUCGUCGAGUGGCUGCCACCAGAAAAACCCAAUGGGAUUAUCAAGGGCUAUAAGAUAUUCUAUACACUUGAUCCCGAUCUGCCAAUCAUCCUGUGGAAACGCCAUGAUGUCAACUCUAAUGACCGUGCAGCUACAAUCGAGAAUCUGAUGCCCAACGUUACCUACCACAUGUGUAUCCUGGCCUACUCCAGCAAAGGAGAGGGACCUGUAUCAAAUCUCAUUCAGGUCAUGACACGUCAAGGAGCGCGAACUAAUUGUUCUAGGAAAACUUGUUUUUCCGAGUUUGUAGUGCCACUCCAACCAAAAAAUUUGCAUGCAGUCGCCAUGUCCCCAAACGUAAUAGAAGUUACGUGGGAUCCCCCAGAGAAUCACCAAAGUGUUAUCAGUUACAAGUUGUACUUCAACGACUCGUACCGUCGCCAGAGUGCCCAUAUCACUAUAGACCCACCAGUGUCACGUUUUCGACUGACCGAUCUGACACCAAACACCAUAUACCACAUCCAGGUGUCGGCGAUGUCGGAGAAGGGCGAGGGUGCCCACACGCCUACAGUCCAGGUGCAAACCCGCCAGUUUGCUCCAAGUGGUGAGCCUCAAAAUCUUAGCGGCCGACCAAUCGACUCUCGGAGUAUUGAGGUAACAUGGAACCCUCCUCCUCCUGAUCAACAAAAUGGCGACAUUACAGGCUAUAAGAUAUUUUACGUGAAAAAUGUGCCCGACUUGUCAGAAGAAGAUGCCCAGUCUGUAACUGUGGACGCUGCUGCCAACAAAUUGACACUAGCGAACCUGGCAGUGUGGACGGAGUAUAAGAUAUGGGUGUUGGCGUUCACAAGCGUGGGUGAUGGCCCAAAAUCACAACCAAUCAUCGUGUCGACCGACGAAGAUGUUCCCGGACCUCCGAAAUCAGUCCGAGUGGAAGUCAUCAACUCUACUACUAUAUUUGUGGAAUGGCGUCCACCAGAGACACAGCGAGAAAAUGGAAUUAUACGUGGCUACCAAGUUUAUUGUGUUGUUGUUGAUAGUAAAAAUAGGCCAAAGGAAGGCACGGAUCGCAUUAGCGACACAACUGACGGUAACCGAAGAGAGGCUGUGAUCACUAACCUUGACCCAGCCACUAAGUAUUCUAUCAAGGUGGCUGGUUAUACAAGGAGAGGCGAUGGCCAGCGUAGUAAAGAAGUGUUUGUUGUGACAUCAGGCGCAGUGCCGACUAUACCACGUAACCUGGAUGUGGAAUUCUUGGGUGAAGACCCACCACAAGUACAAGUAACAUGGCAAAGACCACGGGAAACUCACGGCAAGUUAGCUGGCUAUAAGGUGUUCUGGGGAAGGAGAGGCGAAAAAUAUACCUUGAUAAAUCUCGGACCUAUGCAUCAUGCUUACAUCUCAGAUAUCUUAGACAAAGGAGCCACAUAUGAAUUCCUUGUUGUUGCCCGAAAUGGAGAGGGUGAUGGUGUGAGAGCAUCACAAAUUAUCACAACUCCGGAUGGAAUCCCUGAUGGGGCCCCGCAGAAUUUCACUGCGACAGGGCUGACAGAGACCAGUGUGAGACUAGAGUGGGACUUACCUGCUAAAAAACUGCAAAACGGCGAGAUAAUCAUGUAUCAGCUUGUCUACCAUAAGAUGGCCGACCCCACCAAUACGGAGGAUCUAAACAUCACAGGCAUUCAAUACGACGUACACAAUCUUGAGAUGAAUACAGAUUACGUUUUUCAAGUUAAGGCGUACACAAGUCAAGGAGCUGGUCCAUGGACUGUUCAGCAUCCAUUCCACACGUUCGGACCAAUGUUGCCUCCUCCGGAAAACAUCAAACUAAUACGGUCUUCCCCAGAUACCAUUCUCGUGACUUGGGAUGAGCCCAAACUUCCUGUAGCUGGGUAUCGAGUGUACUACAACAUGUUUGAGCUACAAAAGAUGGAACUCUGGCAAAAGAAAGAUAUUGGACCAUAUACUGUCACAGAACUUACCGAGUUGGAUACUGUAUCUGUGUAUGCAGUUCGUAUCCAGGCCAGAUCUGUUGAUGGUCGCUAUGGCAACCUCUCAGAAGCUGUUGUUUGUCCUGUGGGAACAUCACAGCCCAUAACUAUUGAAGUACCAACAAACUUCCACGUGUCAAUGAGGACCUCUGUUGAUGUGACCCUAGUCUGGGAGAUUCCCAAGAAACCUCAGGUCACAAGAUACACACUUUCCUACUCUGGAGUUAAGAAAUACCGCGAAGACAAUAUCAUGCAGACUUAUCACCAACCUCGCAAGGAAGAGCAUAUCCAUGGUCUUACAAGUUCUUUCACUGUUGAGAAUCUGCUUCCAAAAACAAAAUAUACCUUCAACAUCUCUGCAUUUUUCCAGGACGGAGUACAAGGGGGUGUUAACUCUCUGGUAGUCCAAACAAGAAUUGAAGCACCUAAGGAGGUAAGGAGACCGAUGGUGUUAAAAAUCUCGGGCCAGGAAGUGACUGUUAUAUUGAAGCCAGCAUCGGAGGAGAACGGUGGUCUGAGUUACUACUACCUUGUAGUGGUCCCGCUCAUCAACACCACAACCAAACGACCGGAGGAUAUCAGUAAUGAUGAGUUGACUUUGGAUAUAUCACCAGAGCUGCCGUCUGCUAAACCUUAUAUUGCAGCCAAGUUUGAUGCCCAGCACCUUCCUAGGGAGUUCAAUCUCGGUAACAGAGACCAGUUUGGAGGAUAUGCCAACAGACCACUAGACCAUGGGAUGAAGUACAAGACGUUCAUACGAGCCUUCACCGUGGACACUAAACUCUACAAGACAAGUCCUUACUCAGAGACCAUCAGUCUGAGUCGCACUCCAAGCAUUCCCCAGUAUCCCCCAAACACCAACAACCCAAUCCCACAGUCUGCAGAAGCGAGCGAAAAAAGUUUGCUCAUCAUCAUGAUUGUUGCUCCUGUAUGUGCAGGCGUUGCUCUUAUCAUCAUUGGUUGUAUCAUCCUAAUCUGGCACAUGAGUAGGAGGAAGGCAACCCGGAAAGAGAAGAGUCCAGAACCAUCUUCUGGCAAGGUGUUUGUAGAUGUUCCACCUCACCCCUGUGAUCCAGUCGAACUUCGCAGACAGCACUACCAGACACCAGGUAUGAUAAGCCAUCCUCCAAUCCACAUCCACAUGCUCCAGGAACAUAUUGAUAACCUGAAGAAUAAUGACAACCUCAAGUUCUCCCAGGAAUACGAGUCCAUUGAACCAGGUCAACAGUUCACUUGGGAUAACUCUAACUAUGAGGUCAACAAACCUAAAAAUAGAUACGCCAAUGUCAUAGCAUACGACCAUUCCCGAGUGAUCCUCCAACCGAUUGACAGCGUCCCUGGCAGCGAUUAUGUGAACGCUAAUUAUAUGGAUGGCUACCGUAAACAAAACGCUUACAUAGCUACACAGGGGCCGCUUCCAGAGACCUUUGGAGAUUUCUGGCGCAUGAUGUGGGAGCAGCGAUCGGCAACCAUUGUAAUGAUGACUAAAUUAGAAGAAAGGUCAAGGAUAAAAUGUGAUCAAUACUGGCCUCACCGCGGGGCAGAACAUUACGGACUGAUGCAUGUGCUACUUGUGGACGUGACGGAACUCUCCACCUACACGAUUCGUACCUUCCAUAUCUCCAGGUACGGGUUCCCAGAGAAGCGAGAGAUCCGUCAGUUCCAGUUCACCGCCUGGCCAGAUCAUGGUGUUCCUGACCAUCCUACACCACUCCUAAUGUUCAUGAGACGUGUCAAAACAAGCAAUCCUCCCGACGCUGGGCCAAUGGUAGUCCACUGCAGUGCUGGUGUUGGGAGAACAGGAGCCUUCAUAGUCAUAGAUGCCAUGUUGGAACGAAUCCGACACGAAAAGACUGUUGAUAUAUAUGGUCAUGUGACCUGCUUACGAGCACAACGUAAUUACAUGGUACAAACUGAGGACCAGUAUAUAUUUAUCCAUGAUGCACUGUUAGAAGCUGUUACCUGUGGGAAUACAGAGGUACCAGCACGUAACCUCUCCGUACACAUACAGAAACUGAUGCAACCGGAACCAGGGGAAACAGUUACAGGCAUGGAAUUGGAAUUCAAGCGGUUAGCAAACAUGAAGGCUAGUCCAAAUCGCUUCGUUAGUGCAAAUCUUCCAGUGAAUAAAUUCAAGAAUAGACUUGUUAACAUAUUACCAUUUGAAUCUACUAGAGUAGCCCUACAGCCAAUCCGAGGAGUCGACGGCUCAGAUUACAUCAACGCCAGUUUUAUUGAUGGGUACAAGUACUGCCAGGCCUACGUGGCUACCCAGGGACCUUUGUCCGAGACAACAGAGGACUUCUGGAGAAUGCUCUGGGAACAUAACUCCACAAUCAUCGUCAUGCUUACCAAGUUACGAGAAAUGGGUCGUGAGAAAUGCCACCAGUACUGGCCAAGUGAGCGGUCAGCAAGGUAUCAGUACUUUGUUGUUGACCCAAUGGCUGAGUACAAUAUGCCACAGUACAUCUUGAGAGAGUUCAAGGUCACAGAUGCCAGGGAUGGUCAGUCUCGAACCAUCAGACAGUUCCAGUUUACGGACUGGCCAGAGCAGGGCGUGCCUAAAUCUGGAGAGGGCUUUAUCGACUUCAUCGGUCAGGUGCACAAAACCAAGGAACAGUUUGGACAGGAGGGACCAAUCUCUGUUCACUGCAGUGCUGGUGUGGGCAGAACAGGUGUGUUUAUAACCCUGAGUAUAGUCCUAGAGAGAAUGAGGUAUGAGGGCGUGGUUGACAUGUUCCAGACAGUCAAAAUGCUGAGGACACAAAGACCAGCCAUGGUCCAGACAGAGGACCAGUACCAGUUCUGUUACCGGGCUGCUCUCGAGUACUUAGGAUCCUUCGACCACUACGCAGCGUAGUUGUGUUGCUGCACUAACAAACGCAGGUGUUUCCACAGUGACAGCGGGACAACCUUCAUUGUGUGUCAUGUGACACAGUCAUGUGACAUCAUAACAGCCAAAUAAGUCAGUGUCUGUCAACACUGUAUGAAAACAUAAACUAUUAUGUGGUGGUGUUCAUAGAUUGAUACGAUUUGUCAUUCAUUGUCGGACAAUUAAAGGGAGACAAUGCACAAGACAUUUGUUGAUGUAUCAAGCAUCGUAGUCGAGAAAAUCUAUGUGGAAAAAGGACCAAUUGUGUAUUAAUGAAGAUGAGAAAAUGGACGACAGUCAAAAUGACUCGAAGAGUCAUUGCAACAUGUGCAAUAUUAAUUAACCACUGCACCCAAACAUAUGGUAAGCAUGUUAAAAACAUGCUGGACAUCUUGGACGUUUGACCGCUGAUCAUUGUAGCAAUGGACCAAGACACUCAUGAUGCGGCCAUGACUUGUUCCUGUCAUAGUGAAGUCAUUACUGGAUGUGGGACCUGUACGUAACCAGAGACUGGACGAGCAUCUCGUAUAGGAUCAGUGUAUUACAGCGUAUUACAGAUCAGUGUAUUACAGAUCAAUGUAUUACAGAUCAGUGUAUUACAGAUCAGUGUAUUACAGUGUAAUACAAUUUAUUACAGCGUAUUACAGUGUAAUACAAUGUAUUACAGAUCAGUGGCUAUUUUGACUAGAAAUUUUUAUGUGAUUUCAGUACCAUUGACGUAGCAUUAUAGACUUCCAUAGGAUAUAAACAUGGUACAAUGGUAUAUACAUUGUGGGUCGGUGUUCACUCCACUUCAUCUUUAUGUUGCCAAAGAUAGUAUGAGGUGUGCAUGAAAGCAUGUGUGUGGAACGGAUCAGGUUACAAUAUAAUUACAAAGAAAACAUAAUGAGUUAUCUGCCCUCUGGGGUUUGUGAUGGAAUAUUGGCUCUAAGACGUUCAUGUUUGAAAAGAAGAACAUUGGUAUAAAAAUGUUCUCCUGAAGGGAACGGUGAUCGGACCAUUUAUUUACAUUGAUAGUUAUGGUGCUUUGUUUAGUUUUUGCCUUUCUGUAGAGUGUGAGAUCAAUGUGCUUGUUGUUCAUCUGCCCAAUCAACAAUUUUGAUUAAAACCACCGAUAUUUUUUUUUUAAUGUAUAUAUAUAUUAUAUAUAUAUAUCAACCAUUUGCAUUUUGUUCCUGUGACAACCUGUCCGCACUUGUGUCCAUAUUUAUUGCGUUGAACUUUGACCCCCAAACUCGGACACCUUGCAUUAUAGUGAACUGUGUUUUAGAAAGUAUGGUUUACUAUUGUUAGAGGAUAGUCAUCACCAUAGCAACAGAAUGCUUUAUUUAAGCAGGAGUAGAAACAGACAAGGUUCAGCUGUCACUGCUUCUACUGUGCUGUGUUACACUGGAGCUGUUCGUAUGUGUGUGAGGGUGUGUGUGACAGUUAUGUAGGUACGAUAUAUUCUGGGCGGGUUAUUUAUAGAUUGACAAUACAGAGUGACAUUAUAGUAUGUAUGUGUAUGGAAGCUGUUCAGAAGUUAUAGUCAGUUGAUUGGCUCAUGACUUGCAUGCUCUAUAUAGUAGAAUAAUUUAUAUACAAAUUAUAGAAAGACCGAUUUAUUAACCUUGUAUGUCUCUUCAUCUCCUGUCAUCUUAUUGUACAAAACAAAUGGCAUGCUGAAUGUCUCCAUUAAGGUACACACUUCUGAUAUAAAAUCUCCGUUCAGGUUCAAUUACACAUUUUGUAUCAUUAAAUUCUCUUUAUUUUAUUAUUGUCAUGGAAUUUUAAUUAUGGCAGUACAUACCUACAUCACUAUUUCUUUAAAAAAUAUAUGCAUUUGAUAAAAAGGAACAAUUGUAUAUUUCUAAAUUUCAAAAUAUUAGAGACAGUUGAUGAAGAGGCUAUACGCACAGCUAAAGGUCGAGAGGUCACAGUUAUGUCCACCGAGAAAUCCAUAUAUUCAGGCUGUAUAUAUCAAAAACAUUACUUUUCCAAAGAAACAUUAUAAAGGAUACAGUUCCUGUGUAUUUGUGGAAACUUAAGGUUACAUUAGAAACCUUUGUAAUAUAUCAUUGGAAACCUUUAAGGCUAGAUAUGAUAAAUCUGGUUACCAUAGAAACCUUUCAAAGUCUCCAUGAGAAAAAAUGGUCACUAAAGAGUGUGAUUACCAUAGAAAAUGUUAAUGUAUCUACAGGAGGAAAGCACAGAAGGCUUUAUAUUGAAAUAUACACGAUGUCUGUAUCAACGGAUUCAUACCUACCCAAGCUUAGGUUGGACAACAUCUGUAAUUUGUAAAACAAAAGAUUUCAUUUCCAUUUUUACAUUUUUACCUUAUUUUUAAUUUGCCAUGUUUGAAUACAUUGUUUAAGAACAAUAGCUGGAAGUAUUUAUAUUGAAUUAAUUUUUGUAUAUCGCAGUAUGAACAUCACAUACAUAUAUAUAUAUAUAAAUAUAAUACAGAUAUCUUGCUUGUCCGUUUCGCGACUGGAUAAAAAAAUGAGCCAGUAAAAUUUGUAUUGUGUCCUGACGUCUGCGAUCAGUGUGUCUAGCCUGUAGCGUACUUGUGAUAUGUUGCAGAUUUGUUGAAAUGUCAGACCUAUGUAUAAUGUAGAGUAUAGACCGAAUUCUGUUAUCAACCACAAAAAUCCAUACAUGUGUAAGCAAAUCGGAUAUAUAGCACUUCUUUUGCCAAAAUUCAACAUUGACCAAGUACCGUAUCAUAUUUUAGGUAUAGGCAAGGAAUAUUAAUGUCCAUGUCAAACAUGGAUAGCCUGUCUCAUCAGUUUCUCUACAUUUACAUAGGUCUGUUAUUCCAAUACAUACAAAUCUAACUUCUAAACACACCUGUGUUAUACAUUGUACAUAUAAACGACCAACUUAAGUAUUGUACUAGUAUUGUCCGUCACCAUUAAAGCCAAUUUCAUUUAUUUCAUUGUUCAUUUAACCCCUCCAAGUUACCACUAGUCCAUCAUUAGAUCAUCAAUUUGUCAUGUCAUUCUCCAUUUAUUUUCACCUAUCAUUAAAUGUGCUGAAUGUGCAAGACCAUUUUUUUAUUAUUAUUAUUAUUAUUACCUGCGGUAUUGAAAACAUAUUUGCAAUGCAAUUAUUACAUAUUAAAGUUAUGAUUCAUUUGUUUUUUUGUAAAAGACAAGUUUUAACUUGAAUAACAUUCUUAGUUUUUGUGCAUAAUAAUGAUAAUAAUAGUAUUUAACUUGAGAAAGUAUGAAAUGGAAUGGUAAUAUGGAGCACUUUACUUUAUUGUAGGUAAUUUGAUGUGUUAAAUGGAAAUUAUUUAUAAACAUACAUGUGUGUACCACCCAGUACACAUAAUGCAUAGCAAAAUGUCUAAAAACUCAAAAAUAGUGGUACCAUUGGUCAAUCAAAUUUUAAAUAUUUGUAAUUUUCUUUUUAAUAUUUAGGUAUGUCAAAGUAGAAAUCAACAUUUUAAAAACAUAUAUUUAGAAAAUCAUCAGAUUUUAAACCUGUUUAAUUAAGUAAUGAAGCAAAAAGUGGGGAUUUGAAUGGGCAAUUUGGAUUGAUUCAAAUAAGUUCAGAGAAUAUUUGUAUAUGAAAUACAUUGUGAAUAUGUAGAGUUUACAUUCAACCAACCAAACUUGAUACACAGUCAUCAGGCAAAUGCAGUGCCACCUGGCCUAUUAUUUACCAGAACUAAUGUUGGAUAGGAAAAGUGUUCCUGUUCCAGAGUUUGACCAGAAACUGACCUUGCCAUAUGUGUAGUUAUUAAGGGCCACUCCAUCUGACCACAAAGUUCCUAGAUCUCACUGUAGGCCAGUAGCUGUUGUAUACCAUAGUAGAAGACAAUCAGUUUUUGGGCUAUUUUGAGUUUUCAGUAUCCAUUUUACCCUCCAAGGGUGCAAUAGCAUGUAUUUCAUAUAUAAUUAAUGUUCAAAGUUAUAAAAUCUCGUUAGCAGGUGUAAAUCUCAUCAGUAGGUGUCUUAUUCUGUAGUGCUCCUCCAGACUUUGAUCAUGACACUGCCGUGUCUUGUGGUUCCAUUCUAGUCAUGUGACUCACAGUGCGUGUUUUGUUUGUUACUAUGACGAUUAAGAAUAUGUACGACAUUUUUAGUCGGCCAUAUUUUAUAUAUAGCUCUAUAGCUGUACAGUGGAUCUCCAUUUUCUUAUACGUUUCUGUGAAUCUCUUGUAUAAAAAACUUGAAAUAGAAAAAAGCCAUUUUGGAUUUUCCUUCAUUAAAACAUUAAUCUAUCCCAUAAUGUUAUUCCUAAAUAUGUCUGUAAUAUAAAGUAUAGUAUAUGGUCACAAAAGGACUGUAAACAUCUGUGUUACCAUGGCGACUUGUCUAAACAUCUGUGUUACCAUGGCAAUCUGUGUCAGAUCAUUCAUAGACUUGUUGGCUCCCUAGCUGCUGAUGUACCUACGUUGUAUAGUAGUUCUUGUUAGGUUGUCAUGGAAAUAUGUCAUUAUCUGAGAGUAUACAGUCAUUGAUAUCAAUAAACUUGGAACAAAU